GGAUUAAGUUCAAAGAGCGACGACACUUUGCUUCGCCGCCGAUCUGGAAUUCAAAUGAGAGACGGAAAGUUUGCCGGUCGAUCGCUUUUGCAUGAGGAUCUAUUACGAAAGCGGCGAUAACGAGUGGGGAAAAAAUUCGGCUUGGUCAAAACGACAAACGUUGACCUUCCACUCGAAGCGCCUUUGCAGACACAAAAACACCGCGAAAGCACGUAGCAGAGAUAGCACUUAUACAUACACACAGAAAACUCUCUUCGAAAGAUCAAUACGCCGCCGAACCCGCUGAGACUUCAAUACAUACAUUUGGCGCUGGCUUUGCACAACCGCGAGCCAUAGGAAGAUUGAAAGAAAGAAUCACGUUUUGUUCACCAUACUUUGAUAAUACGGCGCGCACAGUGAUAAAAAUGCUUUUGCAGAGUGGAAUGACUCAUCGGUGGUGAAAGAUGGCCCCUCGCCUGUCCCUGCGACGCUGCUUCCUCGCCCUCUUGGGUGUCACCUGCUUCCUCUUCUUGGUGCUCAACAUCCACCAGAGGGAAAUCUGGGCGCGUUCGCUGGCCGCCAUCCAGCAACAGGUCACUCCAAGCAGCGGCUCAGACCAGUCAAAAGACUCAUCCUUUAAGACUUCUAAUUCUGACAGUAAUAAACUUCAGGGUCAUCUGAAGCCGCACAGCCCCAACCAAAUUUCUUGGCAAGACAUGCGGUUGCGGCCGUGGUUCAUGGCCGGUGGUGAAAGGCGGCCAGUGCCCGCACGCCGAGGCAAAGCUGGCCGCCGACUAGCGCAUCUCUGGCCUGCCGAGGACCCUCAGUCAGACCGAAUCGCCGACCAGCUCAUGUUUGUUCCUCCUUUAGCGUUAGCCAACGAGAGUAGCACGCGGCGCAACCAGCUGGACUUGGUUCGCUCAUCGCAGACGCUGAAGAGGAUCGUCCUUUACAACGGACUGAGUUCGUGGAACGUGAAGCCUGGCAGGGACACCUUCCUGGCCAACAAGUGCCCGGUCGACACGUGCACCAUCACCACCAAUAAGGCGGAGGUCAACGAGGCCGAAGCCGUCCUCUUCAAAGACCACUUUCCGUCGACGGCCACCCCUUGGCGCCGACCUUCAUACCAGGCGUGGAUUUUGUACUUCCUCGAGUGUCCUUAUCACACGCAGCACAUAAAGUUUGGCGACCUGUUCAACUGGACGGCCACUUACCGGCGGGACAGCGACCUCGUGGCGCCCUACGAACGCUGGACCUAUUUUGAUGACAAAGUCAAGCGGCAGCCGCUUGGCUCACCGGCUUCUUCGAUAAACUACGCGGCCAACAAAACAAAACAGGUUGCGUGGUUUGUUUCCAACUGCGGUGCUCGCAACAAUCGCCUUCAGUACGCCCGAGAGCUGUCCAAAUACAUUUCCGUCGACGUGUACGGCGCGUGUGGCACCAAAAAGUGUCCUCGCACUACGGCUAACAAGUGCUUCGACAUGCUCGACAAGGACUACAAGUUCUACUUGGCCUUUGAGAACUCAAACUGCAAGGACUACAUCACUGAGAAGUUCUUUGUCAAUGGACUUGGACACCAAGUGAUUCCAAUCGUGAUGGGCGCCCGUCCCGAGGACUACGAGAAAAGCGCGCCGCUGAAAUCGUACAUUCACGUGGACGAGUUUGCGACUCCGCGCGAGCUGGCCGCCUAUCUGCAUCGGUUGGACGCGGACGACGACCUGUACAACGAGUACUUCCGGUGGAAGGGCACCGGCGAGUUUGUCAACACGUACUUCUUCUGCCGACUGUGCGCGCUGCUCAACGAUCCGGAAAUGCCGCGCAAGAAUUACCGCGACGUCAACGAGUGGUGGCGCGGCCCUGGCACCUGCAUCACUGGCUCGUGGCGCCAGCACCGACCGGCGCCCUCCGUCGCGCCCCAAAUUCACACCCCAGUCUCCAACGACACCCUUUGAAUCUCGCCGUAAAAACAAAAUCUUUGAGCUCUUUAAUUUUUUUUAUUUACAAAAGAAAAAUACGCAAUUUUGUGUCUCCUGAAAGAUUAAUUUUUUUUAAUUAGCAAUUUUUUGUCUUUGAAGUUUUCGUUCAUCCGUUUUUUUUUAAUAUUGCUACUUGUUUUUUUUUUUUUUUUAUUAUUAUCAAAAAGAGCAAAUUCCCCAAGCAUUUACUUCAUAACUUCAAGAAGUCCCAUGCUUCUUACUACUAAAGGGUUAAAGGAGGGGCAGACACUUUUACGGCUUAUUGACUCGGACUGAAAUUAAGAGUUUCCGUGCGUGUGCUGAACGUUUUUCCAGAGCACACAUCUUAAAUUGUCUGCCUGUUGUUGUUGCUGCUGUCGAUGCUGCCCAGAAAGCUCAAAAUCCACAUUCGAUGAAAUUUAAGGAGUCUGAGAUGCGAAUUUUUAUCGUUAACUAGUUUUUAGGCAGUGAGAAAGAGUGCAAGAGUGAAAUUCGCAUUAUAGUGGCGUAAAAACUAAACUAAAUGUAUAAAUAUUAAAAAAAAAAAAACUUUCUGAAUCUGCCUCAAUAGCUGUACGGUGCGCGCUUGAUUUUUUUGUAUAACAUCGCCGAGUGAUUUUAUACUUUCUCUAGUCUUUGAUUUUUACGCCCACUGUUCUGUGUUGCUUUGACUGCGUUUUUAGCACAAAUAUUUUGUGAUUUUGUAACCAAAAAAGAAAACCGUAUUCUGUGUGAUAAUUUCAACAAACGCACAACUUGAGCGCACCACUUAUUAGCUGCUCGAGUUUUGCUGGCAUUAAAAACUUACCAAAGUUUAUGUAUUUUUUUUUUAUUUUUAUUCAAAUAACAUUUUCAAUUUUGCCAAUUUUGGUUCGGAAAGAAUUUCAUUCCUGUUUAAUAUAAGCGAUUUGCCGCCAUUUCGGCUCACGUAGCUACGUCCUAGAUUUCCAUUUGCGAUUUUCAGACUAAAGUAUAGAAAAUGAAAAGUGUAUAAAUAAACAAGGAAAAAUAUAGUUGAAAAAGGAACAGUUGCUUUUGGAAAAAAGAAACAUUGUUGAUUUUCCUGUAAAAUUUAUCAAGUCUUGUACUAAAAUCAGGAAAUUAAUUAUAUAGCUUAAAAAAGAAAAAAUCUGCAUUCCAUACACACAUUCCUUAUGUUAAAAUACCUAGAAAAAAAUGGCAGAGCAAAACAGCACAAUGUCCUCUACUGCUGGUCAGUUUCCUAGAUUUGAGAAGCAAAAAGUGUCCCCGAUCGUUCCACAAAAGCUCCGAUGGUUGUGAUGUUAUUUGUUUCCAAUCAGUCUGUCAAAAUGAACGAGAUAAUUCUCAAUACACUUUCCAACCGCAGCAGUUUAUUUAUUUAAACUCAAGAUACUCAAAAACGAUCAUCUUUUAAUUGAUGACAAAUUCCCGUGUAUUUUUUUUUUUAUUUGCUUGAUUCCACGUGAUUAUUGUUGAAAUAUGUGAUAUAAUCCAGAAAACUAAGGAAUGAGAGAAACACUGUCAGCAGCGAUACGAUUUGUGGCGAGUGGUGCGAAUUGAUGCUCCGUUUUUAAAGAUAUGGCCGCUCGCUUGAGAGUCUCUUCAGUGGAACUAAACUGUAAAUUAUGAUUGGGACAAUAAAAACUUUAAUUAUGAAA